UGCAGAAAACUUGCGUUGAGUAGUCGAUUUUAUCAGCGUUUCAAACGCAAAAUGGAAAAUCGAGUUUAUAAGCAUUUGCAUUUGAAAUUUUUUUUAACUCUUCCAGUUCCCGAUGCUGUCCUGAGCCAUUUCUCAUCAUGAAAAAUGCAUGCAAAGCAUUUCAAGGUACUCAAAUUGACAAAACACUGAAUACAAAACACUGAUGUUCCUACCAAGCUUGUCACACAUUGUAAUGACCAAUUCACACCUCAGACCUCUCCCACCUUUGGAAACAAAAGAUAUGCUAAUGACCAUUCACACCUCAAAUUCUUCAUGA